AGCUCGGAAUGAACUACCCGGAAGACUUUCAAAUUCCUCAUGUAAUAAAACCGGUGAAAUCUGCACCGUAUGUUGUUAAAGAAACCCCAUUGAAAACCUCGUUUCUGACAUAUUGCCCAACUUGUGAGAAAGCCUACAUGACGUCAGUAAAUACACAUAUUGGAGUGUGUUGGUGGCUUAUUUGUUUCUUCGGAACUGUUCUAUGCUGCUUCCCAUUUCUAUUUUUUCUUUGCUGUGAUGUCUCAAAAGAUGUGAAUCAUAAUUGUCCGAGUUGUGGGAUGUUACUGGCAAAAAAAAAUCGGGCUGGGUUCAAGUAGUUUUUUUGUGAUUUUUUGUUGAGAUUUGGCGGGAAUAAAGUUUUUUUAAAGUUUU